AUGUUUAUGGCAAGAUCUGAAUACGGCAAGCAUCUCUCCCCGCGCGCCCUCAUCUGCACUCCCCUCCUCGUUGCUGAAGCUCUGGGCAAAAGCCCACGAAGAGGCAGAAAUCGGGGUAUCAACACCUUCUCCCCCGAAGGUCGUCUCUUCCAGGUCGAAUACUCUCUCGAAGCAAUCAAGCUCGGCUCCACCGCCAUCGGCAUCGCCACCUCCGAAGGCGUUAUCCUGGGAGUCGAAAAGCGAGUCACCUCCUCCCUCCUCGAAACCUCCUCCGUCGAGAAGAUUGUCGAGAUCGACCGCCACAUUGGCUGCGCCAUGUCCGGUCUCCAGGCCGACGCCCGGUCCAUGAUUGAGCACGCCCGCGUCGAGUGCCAGAGCCACGCCUUCAACUACAACGAGUCCCUAAGUGUCGAGAGCUGCACGCAGGCCAUCUGCGACCUUGCCCUGCGCUUCGGCGAGGGUGCUGACGGAGAGGAGACCAUCAUGAGCCGGCCCUUUGGCGUUGCGCUUCUCAUUGCGGGCUUCGACGAGAACGGACCCCAAUUGUUUCACGCAGAACCCAGUGGCACCUUUUAUCGAUUCGACGCCAAGGCCAUAGGAUCAGGCUCGGAGGGAGCUCAGGCAGAGCUGCAGAACGAAUACCACAAGUCUUUAACAAUUGCCGAUGCAGAGACCCUGGUUCUCAAGACGCUGAAACAAGUAAUGGAAGAGAAGCUGGACUCCAAAAACGUGCAGCUAGCCAGCGUCACCAAAGACAAGGGCUUCAGAAUAUACACAGAUGAUGAGAUGGCCGCUGUUGUCGAUCGACUACCAUCAAACUAA